AGGCAAGGUUAAAGUCCGCAGCAGAGUGGAGAGAGAAAUUGGAGACAGGACUGAAGCACUAAAGGGCGUCUGCCUGCCAGUUACUCCAAAUAGAAGCUGCCAUAUUAGCACUCAAUCGUCAUGUCAAGGGAAGAUAUCAUCUACUUAGCUCUUCUGCUAUUAUGUAUACCGCUAGGACACUUGGUCAAGUCACUCAACAGCGCUAGUCUGAAGCAAUUCUUGACAUUUUCAGCUGGCCUAACUGUUGCCCUCCUUACCGCCGGAUUUGAAGGAAUCUGGCAUUCAGCUUUGACAAUCCUCGGAAAUUUCUUAUUGGUCAAGGUUGUUGGAUUAAGGUAUUGCACAUUGGCAUCGUUUCUGUUUGUCUUUGGGUACUUGUUCUUCUUUAGAACUUGCACCUGGUAUGGAUUCCCAACACCUCCAUCUCACUGUAAUGCUAUUCAGCUACUUGUUACUAUCAGGGUAAUUGGCCUGGUAUUUGAGUAUCGCCAAAGUCAUUUAAACCCAAAGAAAGAUGAUGAUGAAAGCUACAGUCCAGUUGUCAGAGAAGUGAGACUUUGGGAGUCUCCAAUCAAUCCCAAUCUUUAUGACUAUUACAGCUAUGCAUAUUGUUACUGUGGAUUAAUGACUGGGCCUUAUUACACAUAUAAGACAUAUAAGGACAUGCUUAAUCAGGAUGGUACAAAAAUAGCAACAUUUUGGCCAGCUUUACGGAAACUGAGAAGUUUGCCAAUGUAUGCUGUUCCAUAUCUUAUCUUGCAGUCAUACUUUCCAGCAAAGCAUAUAGGAACAUAUGAGUAUUUGAAUCAUGAAUGGGGUUUAGCUUACAGAUUACUGUACCUUGUACCAUGCUUCACUUGGUUCAGAUAUAGAUUCUAUAUUGGUUGGAUGCUGGCUGAAGCAAUGUGUAUCACAUUAGGGCUUGGUGCUUACCCAUUUGAAAGUGAGCCAAAACCAGGCAUAGGACCCACAAAGCCCUAUGAAAUAAAUGAUGGCAAAGAGAUUGAAAAGAAACAAAAUGGUGACACUCAUAGUUUUGGAACUGUUCAGAAUAUAGACAUCUUUGAUGUUGAGUUUUCAUCACAAGUAAGAUAUGCAAUGAAGGCAUGGAAUAAAACUGUGCAAUGGUGGCUUGCCAACUAUGUUCAUAGACAAGUACCAUUCAAGAAGCACAGGAUGGCUAUUGUGUUGUUUAUCAGUGCCUUUUGGCAUGGUGUGUAUCCUGGCUACUAUGUCACGUUCAUGAGUGUUCCAUUGAUGAUAUUCUCAGAUAGUCAAUUUGAAAAGCUGGUAAAGCCUUAUCUCAGUAACAGUAGGCAGCUUUAUUACUUUGAAUGGGUGCGCUGGUUUUGCCUGUAUAGAACAUACGAGUACUUAAGUGUAGGAUUUAUCAUGCUGAAGCUAGAUGUAGUAUGGACUGUUUUUAAAGCCAAUUAUUUCAUUGGGCACAUUAUCAUGGUAAUUGUAUCAAUACUACCAUUUAUUGUGCCAAGAAGAAGACCAACAGUAAACAAAGAUGCAGGUGGUAAUGAAGCAAACUUGAAAGACAGUGGUACUGUGAACAGUAAGACAGAUUGAUGCUCUGGAUUCCAUGCUGAAGAGAGAUUGUACUUGUUUAAACAAAGAUUAAGUUUAUAACCUCUAGAUUAUUCUGUUGUACAGUUUUAGCUGUCCAUGAUGAAACCAAACCUGAGAUUUAUUCAUAUUGUGAUAACAUCAGUUUCAUUACAACUAUACUUUAUAUGAAUUGACAUGUUGGAGGCAUGGGAAGUGGAAAAACUUGGUCUGGAAUAUAAUGGGUCUUUAUACUCAAACCCUAAGGACAAUAAAUUUUAUUUAUACAAACUUUAGAGGAUGUGUCUAAAUAAAGAUUUGCUUUAAUAUGUGUUAUGUGAGUGCACUCUCCGAGCAGAGGCUGUGGCAGUAACCAACCUUUUUUGCCAGGGCUAGUUGUCAGGGCUAGAAGCGCAUCUGCAAUGAAGAGUGAUGUGAGUGCACAAUUCACAUGUUAAGUAGGGCUUUUGCUCCAUACCAACAUCACACAAACAAUACAGGUGAUUGAUCUUGUUGACAUUUAGUGGCUACCAUCAAAGAAAGUUCUUUGCUCUUUUCGAGUCAUGAGUUGAUACCAUUUGUUGUGGCUGGAGUAAAAUGCUGCUGUUAUUUAUUCUCCCCUUGGAAAUUUGCUGCUUUCAUCUGGAAAUUCUCUCAUUUUACUGACUUUCAUCUCCUUUAAUUGUGUGUUCGUUUUACUGACUAUUUAGCUAUUUUCAUUAAAAAUCUGCUUUGAUGAUACAGUGGUGAAAUGAUUGUAACUUGUCUUUAUGUAGCUAAGUACAUUCACAAAGCAUAUUAACUUCUUUCAGAAUUGUGUUUUCGGUCACUGGUUUUUUGGGCCAAGGAUUUUAUGAGAUCCUGUGUGUUAUAUGGCAAGUUAUAAUUAAAAACACACUUAGCUUUUGAACAAAAAUAAAUGAAACACAAAUUUUAAACAAAAGAUAUGCAACUUUAUAUUUUUUUUUUGUUUAUUGUAAACAAAUGUUAGAAGAUUGAAAGAACAUUAACUGAAUGAAAUGAAUUUGUAAUGAGAACAUACGUUGGGGAAUAUACUGGAAGAAAAUAUGAGUGAGUGACAACCAGGGCAGGGCUCAAACCUGGCAUCACUUUACAUUGAGCCAAUACCAACUGAGCUACCUGGUCAUGUUUUCAAAUACAAGCCCAAAGCACUGCCACUCACACACCCCCACUCUUCACCAAGUGUUCAGAAAAAGCCAUUACAGUCUACCCGACAUGGUAUGAGGGAGUAAUUCCAGCACCGGGGAAGGGGGCAGUUGCUGCCAACACAACUGGACUAGGGUUGCAACAAAAAAGUGAUUGAAGAACAGGAUUUGGAAAAUAAUACUGAGAGAAAGUGUGAGGAAGUGACAUGGUCUGUACUCUAUGAAUUUGUGUCAAAAUUUAAAUGGAUGAUUAUAUCUGUAUGUGAUCUUAACCAUUCCAAUACACAAUCAUGAUUCUCAAUGAUACCAUUUUGGUAAGGCUACAGACCUCUUUUGUUUAUGCAUUUAAGGUUAUGUGUGAUUCUCAAGAAACAAUCAGCCACCAUUCAUUGUUGCUUACAAAGCUAAUUUUAUUCUCUCCCCACUCCUUCCAGAUUGAUGCAAUUACAUGGACUCCAAAAGUAGUGAGAAAAUUGCACAGUUGUGUUGACCCCUUGAUUUUGGUUUAAAUUUAAAGUAAACUAGAGCAAACAGAACAGAAAAUGAGACAUGAUAAAAACAAUGGUAAAUCAGGUUAGAAAAUCUUGAUAGAAAUAAAAAGCAAAAGUAAAAUGACAUGUUUGCUGAAACUCAGUUUGAAUAGUUAUUCCCAUUCAGGUCUCUCUGGUGGUCUGCCACAUGGUUGAAGCAUUUUCUGAAAUAAAAUGUGGAUUAAAGUUAUUAUGAAUUGUUUCAUCUUUUUGAGAGGAAGUAUUUAUGUUGUGAAAAGUUAGCUUGUUACCAAUCUAAACAAACUGCAUUUUGCAGUUCUCCAAACAAAAAGUUUUUGAUAAAUGUUUGAAGAAAAAAGCAUGUCUAUUGAAGGUCUUAAUCAAAUAAUGCAGGAAGGCAAAAACUUUCUUAAUAUUUUCUUAACAUUAAAAUACCUUUUGUAAAUUGAAUUUCACUCUAGCUUUAGCCUCAUUCUCAGCAAUUGCAAAGAACUCAAGAAGAUUGUUAUGUCCAAUGUAGGAUGCUACAGAGUCUCUUUGUUGAUUCACUAACCACUCACUGAAGCAAAAGAAGUUGCAAUACAGAAAUAAAACACAAAACAGUAUUUGAAUGUAAAUGUUACUUUAUUAGCAUGUUUGAAUAAAUUUGAACUUGUAUGCGGGACAGGACUCUAGAUCAGACCAAAAAAAUCAUGCAGCCACAGAGGCUCUAUUUGAAAUUUUUUUACAAACUCAACUGCCAAACAGAACUUUUAAAAUUAAAUAAAAAUUUGUUGCAAAAUAAUUACUACUUACAACUUUGUUGUAUCUGAGUGACCAGUGCCAACAUAUUUUGACUGUACUGUGGAAAGAUUUGAUCUGAUUAUGAAUUAAUACUGUUUUAAAGAAGUAGUGCUAUAUAGGAGUAAAAAAAAUUCAAUAUGAUAUUAAUAUUGGAAAAUAUGAUGGGAGCACCUUUGAGUCUAGAGAAUUCCAAAAAUUUUUGUGCCCACCUGGAUUGCUAGAAUGUAAAUCAGUUUUAGUUGUUUGUUUCCUUGUCAUAAAUUGGUGAAAACAUAAAAUCUUUAUUGAAAUUGGAGUUCCUACUGGCCAGUGUCAGCAACUUGGGAUGACUAAUAGAUGUGGAAACCAUGGGUCACAGAGGGCAUGUGCCCCUCCACUUUUAUGAAAGAAAAGUAUCUAUUUGCAGCUCAGAGAGAUGCCCCUUUUGCUUACACAUGCUCCCAACUUUUACAAUACUCCCUAUCUUUUUGGCUUGACUGGAAAGUAAAGGAAUGUUUGCUGCAUGGAAUUUAGACUGAAUAGCGAAUCACCUUGAAGCAAGUUCAGCGAUAUGAAAUUUUUCAACUCCCAGGUCCAGAUUGGAAGCUUUGCCCUGCACCUGCACUUUAUUGGGUGUGCAUUUCUAAGUGUUGUCUACCAUUUUAGGUCUACAAAAAUCUAUUUGAGUUCAAAUGGCAACAAAGAUAUGGAAACAUACACUGUGUGGCAUGAUGACUUGCCUUUGUUUUGACUCACCUUGCUUUUUUAUAUUCUAAUUUGAUUGACAAACAGUUUGUCUAAUGAGCUGAAUGGAUCACAUUAUCUUGUAUUUGCUGCUCAAGCAAAUUUCAAGAGUAAGAUUUUGUUCAGAGUGGAAUAAUAACUAAGUCUGUAGCUGGCUUGAAAGAGCAAGUAUCCAAGUUUCAAAUCUGGUCCCCAUUUGAAAGCUUUUUGGAAUCAAGCCCUGUUAGAGUUGCCAACAAGCAAUAGCAAAUGAUAUGACAUAUAUCUGGUGUGAGCUUUACACCAGUUCGGAAUCCAUGUAGCUUAUGCCGGAGAUAUCUGGCAUAGACUAAGGAUUUCACAUUGUCUUUCUAUUGUUUAUUGGCGUAUGUCCGGCAUGAGCUUCACAUGGAUUCCACCCUGGGCUUUACAUGGAUUCAACCUUGGCUUGAAUGGAAACAACAAAAGAAAUUGUUAACUUACAGUGCUCUAACUGGCUGUGAAUAUUAUACCUGUCCACCUAAAAAACAAAACAUUCACCAUGGUAUAGAGUAAUUCAAAAUUAAAGUGCAAAUUUCAUUGCUUUCCAUUACAAGAUAUAAGGAAUGCCAGAUUUACUACAAAAAUGGUGAAUUACAAUAAUCGUAAAAAGUCUGAAUUUGCGGUGGUGGAUUUAAGGGGGGGGGGCAACUAGGGACAGUUGCCCCUCCCUUACCGUGUUGAAGCAAGUUUGGUACCACUUUUGUGAAACUGUGCGCCCUAUUUUAAGAAUGAGAAUCGGGUGAAAAAGUUUACAAGACCUAUAGGCUAAUUUUCCUCAAGGACUUCUUCAAAGUUAAUUUGUUUGUUAUGAAAAUGGAUCAUCUUUUGCUAGAAAAAUUACGCUUUUGAAGACAACAAAGGCGUUACAGUGUACUUUCGUCACCAAUUUCUGAACAUUUUUCAGCGCCCCCACUACCAACUGCCUCUCCUACAAAUUUGCUCUGGAUCCGGCCCUGUGAAUUUGUGUAAUCUUUUAAAACUGAAAACUUAAAUUUUUGUAUGGAAUAUUGUGGGAGGAGACUGUGAAAAGCCGAAACGGUUAUGCUUUUGAUGCUGUUGAAGGAAAUAUAUUAUAGCUACAUUACUUUUCUAGUCUUAACAUUAAUAUGACGACUCCAAGUGAUCUUAACGUAAGAACUAGACAAAUAAUGCGGGCAUAUUAUGAAAAACGUUCAGGAAUUGGAGGGAGUAGAAAAAUGAAAAAUUUUCAGAUGGUUAAUAUACAAAAAGGCAGAAAGUGAUUUAAGAUAUUAGGUUCCAGUGUCAAAUACGACAAGCUUAUAAUAACAUGUUGGUGCCUCGAUUAACAGAUCAUUGGGUGGAAAGACUUUUGUGAUGUAAACUUCUAUUAUUUUUGAAUGAAUAAUAUCAUUAUUAUCGCUCACCAUAACUGUUUCGCGCAGGCAACUCUUUAAAAGAAGACCCAAAGAAUGAAUUAUGCUGCUAACAUCUUGUACUUGCCUCGUUUCAAAGGUUGCGAUCGAGAUUGGCGCAAUUUCAACUUGUUUUUCAAAAUGUCAGCUUCAAAAUCAGAAAGCUCUGAUUCAACUGUCAUCUUUCAAAACGACAUAAAGAAUGAAGUAAGAGAAAUUGGUGAACAAGCAAUAUGGUCAUUAUCAUCUUGCAAGCCUGGUUUUGGAAUUGAACAGUUGAGAGACAAUAAUUACGAUACUUACUGGCAAUCUGACGGACCACAACCUCAUUUGAUUAACAUUCAAUUCAGG